GCCGCUGGGCCGGGCCUGCAAACCCCCCUGCCAGACGGGACCCCAAAACCCGCACCCCGGGGCGCAGCGCGGGGGAGCCGCCGGCCCUUUAAGGCCCGAGAGGUGCGCGGUCUCUUUAAGGCAGGUCUCGGUUUCUGUUUUCGGAAGGAAGUGACGGGGGGUGGGAUUGAAUGAAAAGCGCAAAAGCGGGUCGGGGAGCGCAGGAAUUGGGGGCCGCGGCGCGGGGUGCGCCGUGCCCACGGGGGUGCGCGCGGCUGGGCGCUGCUGCCCAAACGCGCGCUCGCCCCGGCCCGGCGCUCGGGGGGCUGAUCCGGCCCGGGCCCGGGCGUGGGGAGUAGCGGGGAGCCCCCUCCGUGCGCCCCGAGCGCGCCCGCCCGCCACUUGGAGAGAACUUUUGGUUGUUGCGCGCGUCCCGGCCCCGCGCGCAAUUACGCACGGGCGCUCCGCAGUCUGGGCCGCCCGGGGAUGCCCCGAUCCGGCCUCUGCGGGGUCCCCACGGCGCCCCCCGCGCUGCUGCUACUGCUGCUGCUGCUGCUCUGCUCUUGGCCGCUGCGAGGGUCGCCCCGCGCCCUGGCUGCGGGGUCCGGGGCGCCCGCCGAGCUGCGGGUCCGCGUGAGGCUGCCCGACGGCCAGGUGACCGAGGAGACCCUGCAGGCGGACAGCGACGCGGACAGCAUCAGCCUGGAGCUGCGCAAACCCGACGGCGCCCUCAUCUCCUUCACCGCCGACUUCAAGAAGGAGGUGAAGAUCUUCAGGGCCCUGAUCCUAGGGGAGCUGGAAAAGGGGCAGAGCCAGUUCCAAGCGCUGUGCUUCGUCACCAGGCUGCACCGAAAUGACAUCAUCCCCAGCGAGGCCAUGGCCAAGCUCCGCCAGAAAAAUCCACGGGCUGUAAGGCAGGCUGAGGAGGUGCGGGCCCCCGAGCAUCUGCAUAUGGACAUGGCUGUCAACUUCAGCCGGGGGGCAUUGCUGAGCCCCCAUCUCCGCAAUGUGUGUGCUGAGGCCGCCGAUGCCAUCUACACCCGCCAAGAGGAUGUGCGGUUCUGGCUGCAGCAAGGUGUAGAUGGCUCCGUGUUCCAGGCCCUGCCCGAGGUGCCGCAGCCCCUGCUGGCACCCCGCUGCGGGCAGGUGGGGGACCGUGGGAAGGCCUGUGUUUGUCGCUUCGGCCUGAGCCUGCCCUGGUACCCCUGUGUGCUCAAGUACUGCCACAGCCGGGACCGCGCGUCGCCCUACAAGUGCGGAAUCCGCAGCUGCGGGAAGAGCUACAGCUUCAGCUUUCCCGCCUUGCAGCGACAGCUCUGCCUCUGGGACGAGGACCCCUAAGCUCUGGCCUGCUGCCUUCCUCAGCAAUUCUGGGCUCACAGAGACUGGGACACAGCAUGAAGCCCCGCAGGCCCCUCCAGCACCCUUGUGCCUUUCACCUGGGGCAGAGUGGGGAGCCCCUCAACUCCCCUUCUCUGCAGCAUCUCCCCGAAGUCUAAUCCUGUAUAUAAACAACCGGAUGUGACCCGGGAUUUUUCUCGACUCUGAAGUCGGGAAGCUUGAAAAGGCA